CUGUCUCAUGUUAUAACUCACCCACCCAGAAGCUCCAGUAUUAUCCUCCCCUUCUUGGCCAAGAAAUCUAUCCACUUGCUUCCGCCGAAGGAUGGAAUCCUCCAGUACCGGAAAACCUCACACAUCCCGGCAGUAGUCAUGAUCUACCACUGGAAGCGCCUCUUCUGAAGAAAGCAACACACUUCUCAAGAACUCCGAUCCUUCCUCAGCUUCCUCAUCUGACUAAAGAUCAUCAUCAGCGGGGGCAGCAGUACUGUAAAGGGCUAGCAAAAGCAAGGAAACCAGCACAAGGAGGAGGAAUAUAGGAUCGAGGAGAUAGUUAUCGAUCGGUCUCUCCACGAUGGACUUGGUACCAAACCCAGAGAGCCCCCACUCCGACCACAGUGGGGGCGCCAACGCAAGCCCCCACGCCUCCUCCUCCUCCUCGCCAUCGCCGAGCCGCUACGAGUCGCAGAAGCGGCGAGACUGGAAUACCUUCGGACAGUACCUCAAGAACCACCGCCCGCCGCUGAGCCUCUCGCGGUGCAGCGGCGCCCACGUCCUGGAGUUCCUCCGCUAUCUCGACCAGUUCGGCAAGACCAAAAUUCACACCCAGAUGUGCCCCUUCUUCGGCCACCCCAACCCCCCGGCGCCGUGUCCUUGCCCGCUCCGCCAGGCCUGGGGCAGUCUCGACGCCCUCAUCGGCCGCCUCCGCGCCGCCUACGAGGAGAACGGCGGCCGGCCCGAGUCCAACCCCUUCGGCGCCCGGGCCGUCCGCCUCUACCUCCGCGAAGUACGCGAGCUCCAGGCCAAGGCCCGCGGUAUCAGCUACGAGAAGAAGAAGCGCAAGAAGCCCCCCCAGGAGCCGCAGCAGCAGAAGCAGCCAUCUACGGCCGCUCCCUAAAUAUAUCAGCGAUCUAUUAUCAGUGGAUGAUCCUGAUCCUUCCGAGGACCACCCAGCUCUCCCCCCCCCUCCCUCUCUCUCUCUCAGAGCUAUGCAUGCACUAGAUCCUUCUUUCCUUGAUUUGGUAGGUGAGACCAAAGCAUAAUUUAUAUGGUGUGAGCUUCUCUUUCAGGUUGCUAUUAGUUUAUGUUGCUCUUUUCCUGUGUGCUGAUUGAACCUCGCUAAGCAACUUCCCUUUCCUG